CAUCAUCAUCAUCAGUAGAGUUUGUUGUGAGGUUAGUCGAAAGGAAAUCUUCCUCCUGAAAAAUCGCACUUUUCUGGCCAAGGCAAGCAAAACAAGUGAUUUCCAUCGGAGAAAACCGGAUACCGGCACAGUCGUAGAGCGUAUUGUUCCGCGGGACAAAAGAAUGGUAUUUUACUUCACAAGCAAUGUCGUGCAACCGCCGGUGACCCUCUUUAUGGGGAUUGAUAAGUACGAAAAUGAAGAACUUAUCAAAUGGGGCUGGCCGGAAGACGUUUGGUUCCAUGUGGAUAAGGUUUCCUCAGCGCACGUUUAUCUUCGACUGGCACCGGGACAAUUACUGGACGAUGUUCCCGCGGCGGUUCUCGAGGAUGCCUGUCAGCUGGUCAAAGCCAACAGUAUUAAUGGCAACAAGAUGAACAACAUCGACAUCGUGUACACAAUGUGGGAAAAUCUCAAGAAGACCCCGGCCAUGGAGGUGGGUCAGGUAUCGUUCCACAAGGACAAAGAGGUCCGCAAGAUGCGCGUUGAGAAGCGCGUCAACGAGAUCGUCAAUCGUCUGAACAAAACCAAGCGAGAGGAACAUCCGGACUUCCGGGCGGAACGCGAGAAGCGGGAUGCCGACGAACGAGCGGACAAAAAGCGCGCAGCUCGGGAGGUUCGUGAAAAGGAAAAGGAGGAGGAAAAACGACGGAAAGAGGAAGCCGAAAUCAGAAGCUACAACUCGCUGAUGAAAUCGGAGAAUAUGACCAGCAACUACGAUGCAGGAAACGAUUCGGAUGAGUUCAUGUAAAGAUUGGCCAAAUGGGCUUUUGUGAAAGGAAUUAUAAAUUAAUAUCGUAUAAUCAAGAUUUCCUUAUAGGUAUGUA